UAUAUGGUUUUGGUAAUGGAAUGUGUAAGUUGUCUGUCUCCUUAGUAGCCUGGGAGAAACCCAGAGUCAAAGCUGGUGUGUCUGCUGUCCUGAGCACAGGGUCCAAUACACCAGAGGUGGUAGCAGAUGUUGGCUACAUGGGAUGAGAUGCAAUUCUUUCCCUCACUCUCUUCACUACCAGGUGAGGACCAUGUUUUGGUUUGUAUCACUUCCCACCCUUCUGUUUGUGGUGACAGUGUCCUUCUCAGAAUCCACAACCUGUGAAGAUGCCCAGAAGGCCUGCUCAGUGAUUGCCUGUGGCAUCCCAGUCACCAAUGGCACCCCAGGCAGAGAUGGGCGAGACGGAGCCAAGGGAGAAAAAGGAGAACCAGGGCUCCGAGGCUUGCAGGGUCCUCCAGGGAAACUGGGGCCUCCAGGAAGUAGAGGGGCUCCUGGGCCACAAGGAGUGAAGGGCCAAAAAGGAGAUCGUGGAGACAGCUCAGUUACGGAGACUAAGCUGGCUAACUUAGAGAGAGAGCUGAGGAGCCUGGAGGCAGUACUGGACCACAUAAAAAAAGUGCACACCUUCUCCUUGGGCAAGAGAUCUGGAAAGAAGCUCUAUGUGCCCAACAGUGAAAAGAUGCCUUUUUCCAAAGUGAAGGCUCUGUGUGCUGAGCUCCAGGCCACCGUGGCCACCCCCAAGAACGCCGAGGAGAACAAAGCCAUCAUGGACUUGGCCAAUGACCAUGCCUUCCUGGGCAUCACAGAUGAAGCGACCGAAGGCCAGUUUGUGUAUGUGACAGGAGGGAGGCUGACCUAUAGCAACUGGAAGAAGGAUGAGCCUAAUGACUUUGGCUCAGGGGAGGACUGUGUGUGCCUUCAAGAGAAUGGGCUCUGUCUGGAAUGA